GCCGAGCCUAACCUAUGAUGCGAUUGAUUGGAUCCGAUCCCAAACGAGUUCGCCAGAUCGGCAGCAACAGCGCCACAUUGCAUCGCUUCUCACAAUUUUAUUGUGAUAAAUGGGACGGAGGGGAGUUACGUUGAGUGCAUCAAAGUAAUUGGCGCGCGCCACUAUAAAUAGUAAACGAAAUGCCGGCAAAAAGUCAGUUUUUUGCAUUCUAAAGCCGUGUCAACAUGUCGCGUAUCGUUCUUCCCCUUGUCCUGUGCCUGGCAAUGGCCGUGCAGGCCGAUUUCCCCAAUGAUCCGAAGCCGUGCAAAUACGGAGACACAGAAUGUUUUGUGAAGUUUUGCAACAGGCUAAUAACGGAGAAGGCAACCGAAGGGGAUGACAGCCUGAACCUGGUCCAGCUGGAUCCUUUGGCGGUGGAUAGGAUGGUCCUCAAGCAGGGCGACGAUAGGAGCCCAGUGAGGAUAGAUCUUACGUUUACGAACAACAAACUGUUUGGCAAUAAGGAUCUGCGCUUCAAAAAGAUCAGAGGAUUCGGCAAGGAAAUCGCCACGAAACACGAAAUGAUAAUGACCUCUAAGGUGUACUCCCUGGUGGGUGAAUACUCCAUCAAGGGCCAGGUCCUGGUCCUGCCCAUAAGCGGCUCCGGCCACAGCAACAUGACGUUGAUUGGAACGGAUUUGAAAGUCAGUUUCAUCGGCAAGCCAGUGGAAAAGAAUGGAGAGAUUUACAUGGAAGCCACCGAUUUGCAGUAUUACUUGAAACCAAAGAGCCAACACUAUCACUUUAGCAACCUCUUUAACGGUGACAAGAUCCUGGGCGACACAAUGAACACAUUCCUCAACGAGAACGGGGCCGCCAUCUUUAGUGAGACGAAGGAGACAAUCGAGAAAGCUUUUGCCGCGUUAUACCAGCCCCUGAUCACGAGAGUUUUCUCCAAGUAUCCAUAUGCCAAGUAUUUUGCCGCGGAAGAGAGUAGCUUGUCGCGACGUAGGAACUGGCCAGGAGAACGAUCAAAACCGACUAUAAAGGUGGGCCAAUUUCAGGGCCAGAGAGACAGUCUUCAAUUACAUUCAACAGCGAUCAUAAUGGAGAGAAAAUUUAGCUUAGUCCUGCUGCUGCUGCCUCUGCUCAGCUGCCUGACUAUAUCCGUCCGCGGGCACGCCUCUGAUCUCCCCGCUGGUAUCCAGAGAUGCGCAAUUAAGGACAAUGAGUGUGUGUUGAAUGGCGUGAAUUUUGUGCUGAAAAACCACGCCCAGAGCGGCAUCAAGGAGCUGGGACUGAUACCAUUGGAUCCACUGCACGUAACCAAGUUCACUAUUGGCCGGAAUCCACACAGUCCGGUCAGUAUUGAUCUGAGCUUCACGGAGGUGGACUUGUUGGGCCUGUCACGGGCCAGAGCCAAGCGAUUGGGGGGAUUCUCUCUUGAUCUUAGCAAUCCAAUUGAGUUUGUGAUGGAGGCACCCGAACUGGCCUUCAAGGGACCUUACUCAGUGGACGGCAAGGUGCUUAUUCUGCCCAUUGUGGGCAAGGGAAGGGCCGAGAUCGUAUUGAAGCACUGCAAAAUCCAUUCUUUGAUCACAUUGAGGCCCAUAUCUAAGGGCGGACAUCACACCUUCGCAGAAGUUACGGACAUCAAGUUGCAGGUCGAUCCCUCGCAUGUUAGCUACAAGUUGGAGGGUCUCUUCCAUGGCCAGAAGGAUCUCAGCGAAAACAUGCACAUUCUGAUCAACGAGAACUGGCAGGAAAUCUUCAGUGAGCUGAAGCCCAGCAUUUCCGAGGCCAUGGGUCUGAUAGUCAAGUCGGUGCUGAACAAAACCUUUGGCAAGACACCCCUAGAGGAGCUAUUCAUAGUGUAGAAUGGAUAGAGCACCCCACCCCUAGUUCAAUUAAUAUUGUUUUUUAGUUCAACUGGUGGAAU